GUACCAGUUAGAUACCAUAUUAUAUCAAUGCCUCUGUGUAACUCAUAUAUCUCCUAUAUAUAUAGCUCACAAGCCUAAUUCUAUUGCAUUACACUUAUUAAACAUGGCUUUCAAUCUGUCUAUACUGUCUGCCAUUUCUCUCUUUCUGUUUCUCAUUCUAUUCUCUCCAUGUCUUGCAAACUUCUCCACUUCAACGUCUGGGGCACCACAGACAUUUUGCAACUUUACGCCUCACCCAUCCUUCUGUAAAUCAUCCUUGCCUUCUAACAAAUCUGGCAACAUUCAUGACUAUGGCAGAUUUUCCAUUCAUCAAACACUAUCACAUGCUAGAAAGCUUCUUUCCCUAGUUCAAUAUUUCCUCAGGCUCCCCUCAAUAGUGUUCCCUUCUAGCACUAUUGGUGCCCUUCAGGAUUGCAAAUUCCUAACUCAACUGAACAUUGAUUCUUUGUCAUACACGUUAAGAUCUAUCAAUUAUACUAAUACUCUUCAAAGCCUGGAAGCAAGUGAUCUGCAAACCUUGCUUAGUGCUUCUUUGACCAACUUACAGACAUGUUUAGAUGGGCUUCAAGUAUCAAGACCAGCCUCAGGCAUCAUUGAUAGCUUGUUGGGUUCUCUUUCUAAUGGAACCAAGCAUUGUAGUAUAUCUCUUGCAUUUUUUACACAUGGUUGGAUUCCUGCUACAAAGAAAGGUAGAUUUCUGCUAUCAGAAAGAGAGCACACAUUUUCCAACUUGAGAAAUAGUAUCAAUGAUGGUCUGCCAUUAAGGAUGUCAAAACAAGAUCAAGAAAUUUACCAGUCGGUGAAUAAAAGAAAGCUUCUUCAAGCAACUGUGAAUACUAGUGUUUUAGUGAACCAAGUGGUGAUUGUGGACAGGAAAGGAAGUGGGAAUUUCACAACCAUUAAUGAUGCAGUUGCUGCAGCACCAAAUAAUACAGAUCUUAGCGGUGGCUACUUUUUGAUUUAUGUGAAGCAGGGACAGUACAAAGAGUAUGUUUCCAUUCCAAGUAACAAGAAGAAUAUAAUGAUGAUUGGGGAUGGCAUUGGCAGGACAGAGAUUACUGGUAAUCGGAGCGUAGUUGAUGGAUGGACUACAUUUAAUUCAGCAACAUUUGCUGUUGUUGGGCAAGGAUUUGUUGCAGUGAACAUAACAUUUCGCAAUACAGCAGGAGCGAUUAAGCAUCAAGCAGUAGCAGUUAGAAAUGGGGCAGACAUGUCAGCAUUUUAUAGCUGCGGUUUUGAAGGGUAUCAAGACACCUUGUAUACACAUUCUCUAAGGCAAUUUUAUAGAGACUGUGAAAUAUAUGGCACCAUAGAUUACAUAUUUGGUAAUGCUGCCGUCGUUUUCCAGAACUGCAGAAUUAAUUCAAGACUCCCAUUAAAUAACCAGUUCAAUGCCAUAACUGCACAAGGUAGAACUGACCCUAAUCAAAACACAGGCAUUUCAAUACAAAAUUGCAGUAUAAAAGAAGCUAAAGACUUGGCUACUAGCAAUUUGACUAUAAAAACAUAUUUAGGCAGGCCAUGGAAAGAAUAUUCAAGAACAAUUUUCAUGCAGUCCUACAUUGCUAGUCUAAUUGAUCCUGCUGGAUGGACUCCAUGGUCAGGAGACUUUGCACUCGCUACACUAUAUUAUGCAGAAUUCAAUAAUACUGGUGUAGGAUCAAGAACUGAUAAUAGGGUUACAUGGGCAGGUUAUCAUGUAAUUAAUGCAACUGAUGCAGCUAAUUUUACUGUUACCAAAUUUGUACAAGGAGAUUCUUGGCUGCAGGCAACUGGAGUGCCUUAUAGUGGUGGUUUAAUGUGAUUACCCAUGAUCUGUAUCUUGUUUAUUGUUCAUUUUUCUGCUGAGAAUUGACAUAAAUAAUAACUUGUAUUUUUUUAUUGUUAA